AUGGGUUCUGGAUCAAGCACCCAGUGUAGGAGUCGGAGGUGUUCUCAGUGUCAUAGGAAAACAGAAUUCUACUGUAACACAUGUAAUCAUGACCUGUGUCUACUGUGUAAAGAGAGACACGUUACAAAAUCAGUAACUAAAUACCAUGAAGUACAGUUUUAUUUUACGAGCCAAUGCAACAAGAAUUUAACUGCGCAGUGUAAAAUGCGACAGUGUUUUCAAUGUCAGGGGGACACAGAAUUCUACUGUAACACGUGUAAACAUAGCCUGUGUCUAGAGUGUAAAGAGAGACAUAUAAUAAAUUUAGAUACAAUAUACCAUGAUAUUGUGAUUUACCGUGAGAAAAAUAAAGACCUUACAAAACAUGAAACCUGUGAGAGACAUCCAGACAGAAACUAUGGCAAAUAUUGUCGGUCCUGUGAGCUUCCUGUCUGUAUCCAAUGUAUAGAACACAAAAAACACAAACUUCUAGACAUAAGAACAGCUUAUAUAUUAAACAGACAAAAGUACAAAGAAAAUUUUUACAACAUUAGAAGUGAGACUCUCUACAACAGCAGUGUUACCCUGGCCAGAAUCAAAUUUGAGAUAAAAAUUUGUCACUUUGAAAUAGCAUACCUGCAUUUAAAAAUGUCAAGAAAGGCUCAACGUCUUAUUGACACUAUGAUGUGUCAUGUUAAAACUAUACACAAACAACAGAAGAAAAAGCUGCGCAGUUAUCUUCAUUACUUAUACAACGAUGAAGUCGUAUCUAAAAAGUUAAGAAAGAGACCGGUUAGAUAUCUUCUUUUUCUAAAGAAAGCAUGCGCCUCCAAAGCCAAGAAUACUGUAAUUAUGACACCAAAUCAUCUGACCUCUCCAGCUUCAGGAGACAUUUUUAAGUUUCUGAGUGAAAUCCAGACGGAGGAAAGAAAAGCUAAAGUUGAAUCUCUGGUGAAAAUGAUGCGCACGCCUGUGUUGAAGAAAACUUUUACGAUGGAUGUUAGAGAUGGAUAUCACAUUUCAUGUUUGUCUUCAGAGAAGUUUUGGAUCAGUGAUUUCUGGAAAAACAAAGCCAUCCUCACAAACACAGAAGGUGAAAAACUACAUCUCCAGAAAGGGAUACUCGGUGGAUACGGAUCACAUACAGUGAACAGUGCAGGUGAGCUAAUUUAUAUAGACGAGAGUUAUAACAUUAUCAAACUUUCUGAAGAUAACAGAUCAAAGUCUAACCUGAUAACGAAAACAAAAUCAUGGGUACCACAAUGUGUCUCCUCCUCUACUUUAAAUGGAGAGUUAUUACUGGUCGGGAUGUAUAAUAAUGAGACGUUUACAGAAGGAAAGAUAAAUCGGUACUCUGCCACAGGAAAGUUCAAACAAACAAUACAAUACAACGACGAGGGUAAAACACUAUAUUCGUAUCCUAGACACAUCACAGAAAACCGCAAUGGGGAUGUUAUUGUGUCUGACAAUAAAAGCGUAGUUGUGACAGAUCGUGAAGGAAGUCAUCGCUUCUCCUACACAGGAUAUCGAAAAGGAUAUCCACUAUGGCCACGAGGUAUCUGUACUGAUGCGCUGUCAAACAUUUUGGUGUGUAAUGAUCAAACUAACACAGUACAUAUGAUUGAUAAGAAGGGUCAUUUUAUCUCAGAGUUACUGACACAACAAAGUGGGGCAAUAUAUCAACCAAGAAGCCUGUGUUAUGACUACAAAAGUCAUCUUCUCUGGAUUGGGUCGUUUGAAGAUAACAAAGUUAAUGCUUACAGAUAUAUAGAGAGGCAGAUCUCUGAAAGUUAUAAUGAUUAA